CCCAGGAGCUGACGGGAAAUGGUUGCGUUCCAAGGAAUGCAGGUCUGGAACGCACGGAAAUCCGGAAGAACCCUUGUGCAGACAAACGAGUGCAGAGUAAAUAGAGUGCUAACUGCGUGUGAGCGUUGGAAAAUGCAGUUUAGAAUUGAACAUCAGUGGAACAGUGAACCUGUAGCGCAUGAACCAGUGACAAUCUCUCUUAAACCUGGGGACAAUGGUCUGCAGAUGGAUAUAAAUGCACCCUUUUUUAAUGACCCUCUUGCACCUCCUGGACCUACUGGGCAACCUUUUCCAGGUCUUUGGGAUUAUGAAGUGGUGGAAGCAUUUUUCUUAAGCAGUGAAAAAGAACAAUACUUGGAAGUAGAGAUUUGCCCACACGGGCAGCAUUUGGUCCUGCUUCUUUCAAAACGUAGACAUAUUUGGAAAGAGUCUCUUCCUUUGUCUGUAGAAGUGCUUAAGACAGAUAUAAAAUGGGAAGGUAGUUUGCUUCUUCCAUGGGAUUAUUUUCCUCCUUCAGUAGACAGAUUUAAUGCAUAUGCCAUACAUGGAUCAGAUAGUAAGAGAACAUAUGAAGCACUUUAUCCUAUACCUCAAGAUGCACUGAAAGAAGGGCAACAGCCUGAUUUUCACCGCUUGGAGUACUUCAGACCUUUUAGUUUCUGCACACUGAUGGGUAAAAAAAGGAAACAGCCUCCAUCUUUCCUCUGGAAAAUGUAACAUGAUUUGAAGAUAUAUCUUUAUGCUUUAAAUACCUUCUAAUUAUUUUAAUCAGUUUCAUUUCAGACUUGUACAAAUCACUAACCGGCAAAUAAAAAUGUCUUGUGUUAAUGCUGUAGAAGUAUAAUAAUAUGGACUUAGCACAUUGUUUUAAAUGAGAUUUGUUUAUGAAUAAAGCACUCAAAACCUUGAUACGGAUAUAUUAUAUAUAUUAUAACCAUCUCUACUACUACAUAAUAUUCUAUAUUAGAAAAUAUUACUGUAACAUUAGAACAUAUCUAAAAAGGCAGAAUAAAGACGAAUAUGCGAAUUUGCAUUAGGAAUCUACUAUAUUAAAAGUUAUACAGCAAAUAAAAUACUAGAAAAAACUGGUGGAAUUAUUUGUGAACACAAAUAAAUUCAUUUGUGUAUUAAACAAGGAAUUUAGUUGUACAUUAGUGUCAUUAAUUGAUGAACUGUUUACCAGUUUACAAGGAAAUGUGAUAAGAUAAAUAGUGUAAAAAGAAGCACAAAGCCUAUGUUUGCCUUCUGUGCCUUGCCUUACAUGUUAUGCCCUGAGAAAGACUAAAGUGGAAAUAGGGUUGGUUCACCUUUGAUUAACUUUAAUUAAAUUAUAGAAUGGCCAAUUCUAAG